GUUUCAAAUCGGCUUCAAGUUAUCAGCAUAGUGCGAGAUUAUGGUCAGUCAGUUUUAGCUGUGGAACAAAGUUGGUUUAUCCUAAUUAAUUUAUUUAUAAACGCAGUUUUAACGAAAUGCCGGUGACCGGGAGCGAUAUUGGUAGACGCCAAAGUAUCCCUAUUCUGUAUACAAAAGGGACGCACUAUGAAGUUGGCUUUGAUGUGGGAAGAACUUUUGGGUCGCUGAUACAAAGUUUCGUUAACUCAUCUGAAGCGCUGAAUCAAGAAUACCUACCCGCGUACAACACAACAGAAGGAAAGGAGGCUUAUGAGGCAACUCUCAACAAUUUGAUCCGGAAUUUUCCCCAAUAUAUAAAAGAACUGGAAGGGAUUGCUGAUGGUGCCAAAGUUCCUUUUUAUAAGCUACUGUUGCUACAUAUAGAUGACGUGAUACUCAAACCUCAAAACAAAGAAGGACUGAAACAACCCACUGGAUGUUCUUCCAUAGCACUGAAUCUAAAGGAUCAUGCAAUUCUAGGUCACACGGAAGAUGCAUUGAGCGAUACCUUGAACCAUUUCUAUUUCGUCUCAGCUCAUAUAAUCUCAGAUAAGCCGCAGGGAAGGUGGAACGUGAAGGAAGAAAAAUUUACCUCUUUAUGCUAUGCCGGUCAUUUGCCCGGAUAUACGAUGAACUACAAUCACCACGGCUUAGUAUUUUCAAUCAACACGAUCAGUGCCACAAAUCUUCAACCUGGCAAGACACCACGUCAUUUCUUGACCAGAGCAAUGCUGGGGGCGGAAAAUUUUCUGCAGGUCCAACAGAUUCUGAGAGAUUCGGGAGUAGGGGCGGCAGAUGCUUGUUCUGUUAACUUGACGUUUUUGCAGCAGGACGGCGAUAGAGUAUUUCACAACAUAGAAGUUGGUCCAGCGGUCAAUUCAAGUGAAUCACAACUCAGCGCCUUGACCAUAAGUCCUGGAGAGGAUUUCAUCCACACGAACGAAUACCAAAGACUGCCUCUUGACCAAGCUAAUGAAAUGAUGUUGCUCAGUAGCAAAUGUCGCUCUGAAACACUGAAAAAUUACCAUCCACCUUCUUCAUUCGAAGAUGUUGUGAAGAUGUUAGGCGAUACAUCUCAUCCGGAACAAAAAGUAUUUAGAGACCAACCCAACGAUUAUGUCAAAACUAUUGCCGUGGGUAUUUUCGACUGCAAUAAUAAGACAUGGAGCCUUUAUUCGGAUAACCCGAUAUACAACGAGCCCCUAGUUGUUCUUCCUCUACUUUUGAAGAAUCCUAAAUCUAAUUGAUUUCUCCAAUUAUCAUCUUCGGACCAUGUCCAUGGUUAUUAUUUAUGAUGUGAUAUAAGUAUAGAUAUCGCUUGAAAAUUUCCCGAAUAUUUUCACCCAAAACAUUAAGUUAAUAUAAGGUGUAAAAAUUUCA